AUUGAAAUGGGGAGGAGCCUGACACACUGAGUUCAGCUCAGGACAGACUGAAGGACAAACAAGCAUUAAGGAGGAUUCGGCGGAAAAAUAAGAGGAUAACAAACAUACUGAGCACUGCCUGCCUUAAGUAAAAUGUCUCUGUCUCCAGUUGGCUCGGCCGCUCGUCGGGUUUUGGCUGCUGCGUCACAUUCAAGCCAUGAGGGAAAAGCAAAGACCUGGAAGAUCCUGAGCUUCGUGUUGGCCUUACCUGGUGUCAGUGUCUGCUGGCUCAAUGCUUACAUAAAGGGCCAGGCGCAAUCCCAUGAACAGCCAGAAUUCAUACCAUAUUCUCACUUGCGUAUCCGCACCAAGAAAUUUCCAUGGGGCGAUGGAAACCACACUCUAUUCCACAACCCUCACACCAACCCCCUGCCUGAUGGCUACGAGCACGUCGAUCACUGAGAGGAUCCGUCACAUUUCUGCUGCAUGCUUUAAAAAACUGUCUGUGGUGUACUUGCCUUAACUAUACGGACCGAGGGGCCAAGCAGUACCGCCAUUAAGCAGUGCACCCAGACAGGAAUAAAACCACUUUAUGCUGUG